AUGGAUGACGCGACACACCUGGUGUCGGAGCUCUUCACCAAGCUCGACGAACUCGAGCGCAAGAUCAUUGAGCACCGUCAGGGCAUGGCGGUGGAGUUUCAGCGAUAUUCGCAACAUCUGCUGCAGGGCGCGUCCGAGGAAGUGUCAGCCAUUGUCGAGAAGGCCAUACGAGAUUCAAUGCCCAGAUACCCGGCGCUCAGCCCGGCUUUGCAUCUGGCGAGCCCGCUCAAUGCCGCUGACUCACCUGAGUCACCACCCCCGAGUCACUCCGACGUCGACAGUUCCAACUUCAUUACAGACGACGGCAGCAGCGAUCGAAAACGGCGCGUCCGGGUCUCUCCACCGCCCAUUCUGCCUCACACAUCUGGCACGCCUCCUGAUACUGCCUCGAGGAGUCCACAUGCGCGGGAGGUUGAGUUCCACGGCUUGUUCACGCCCACAUAUCUACCCUUGCUUGAUGGUGCUGUGCAUAGGUCGCAGCCCACCAUACCACCCCAAGCCCCGGCUGCGACCUCAAUCCAGUCUCAGGUUAAACAAAUCUCACUUUCGUCUCUCGCCAGGGGAGUGAGCUGGCGACCCGACCCAGUACGACGACCCACGGAAGAUACCAUUUCUUCCAACACUUCUGAUGAUAGCGCCUACGGCAAGAACCGACGAAGUGCCCUCCGCCGCUCCUCGAGCUCCUCUACCACUAAGACCCAGAGCCCUCGACGGGUACGGUUUGAAGUGGAGGGUGGGGAAGUCUUGCCAACCGCAUCACCCCCACUAUCACCUCGAGUCAACACCGAUCACCUGCCCUCUCCGCUAGGCAACGCUACCAACCUGUUGGAUGAGUCAUACGACUCUGGAAUCGUCGAAGAAAACGAAGACCCUGACGUUGGCUUGCUAGGAAGCUCCCCCCCGAGACCGAAGAAGAUAACAUCCACCGAUCGGCUGAAGGCCUUGGCGAGGACAUCUAGCGAAGAUACAUCAAAGUGGACGGUCGUUGGUGACACGCAAGGCAUCGACGACGACGACGAUCUGCUAGUCAUGGCUUGUGCCAACGAUAGGACAAGUGCCGCUGCUACUGCUGCUGUAACGGAUGCAUCUGCGCAACAUCAAAGCACACACACACCCGUCCGAUCUGACUUUGGAAACCCUGUGGACGAGGAAAUCCCGGAUACGCCAGAGGAAGCUGCCGAGAGAGCGCACGAGGCAAUGGUCGAGAUGCCACAGAUGGUUUCAUUCCGAGGCAAGAAGAAGUUUUCCCCGCCGCGCCUCUCAGUCGAUGCGAAGGCUAGGUUCGAAGGCGUCACUUCUAAUACCCAAACAGUCAGGGCUUCGGCCCAAACGACAAGCAAACCUGUGGUACUUUCCAAAGACCAACAUGUCGAGGAAGAGGAAAUGUUUUCAUAUGAAUCUGACGAGGACGAGACGGGGGGGAGCCUGCCGAAAAUGAAGUAUAUUGGGGAAUCGCCACCAAAGAAGUACAUCGAUGACGAAGAUGAUGGACUUGAAGGGGAGUCAAUGGAUGGUUCAGCAAGUGAGGACAUGCCUAUUGCUUUGUGUUCGACUUCGCCAGCGAUUUCCAUAAGUCAGCAUGUCUCCUCUGCGCCAACUUCCGUUACAUCUCCAUCUACAGCUGGCGCUACAGCUCAUGUAGAUGCGGCAAAACCGCAAUCCCGACACUUCUCAGCCUCUAUAGGCUCAUACAAAGGGAAGUCUUUCAACAUGUCGAGCGUCACGAAUGAUGAAAUCCAAAAGAGGGCAGCAAAAAUGGGCGACAUAUAUUCGUUCAUUGGCAGCGUGGAUGGCCGAAGUGGCGUGGAUGAAAGUACAAGCUACCGACCCGAGAAGACAAACUUUGGUGGCACGCCGAGGAGUUUGAGUGAACGUAUGAUCAUGGAGGACUUGGCGGAAGGUAGGGAAAGUUCCCCCGAUUGA